AUGACAGACCGGUAUCGCGGCUACUCGUCUUCUGGACGAGCUGCCACUUUCUCGAACCCCGCGAGAUCCUCGAUGCCCUCCAGCAUUGGGUACACUUCUUUGUACGCCGGGGACAUGCACGUCAUGCCGGCUUCCACCCGCCAACAACCCUCAACGACACCCCGAGGAUAUGUGACGACAACGUCUACGGCCCCGGCUCCUAGCACCACCACCCGAACCUAUGCUGUUACCCAAGAUCCUCGCUCACACAGGCCAACCACUCGAGAUGUCACUCGCUCACAUCGAUCCUCGACUCUCGACUCAGCCAGCCGGCCUCCGGUCAUUGUCAUGACCACUCAGCAGAAGGACCGACCUAACGGUACCGCAUCCCAAUCUUCCAAUGCUCGUUCCGGUAGUCCCAUUCGAGACGAAUACCGGUCCAGCGAGGGGCAGUUCUACACCCAACCUGCCUCAUCCAUACGUUCACGCGGCACAACUCACUCCUACGCCGACCAAGCAGGGGGCGACGAGUAUGCUCGCACUAGAGAUCGAAGCGACAGCUUGGUACGCGAUGACCCCUACCGUGGCUCUCGCCAAUCUGCCAUCUACCACACCAAUCCACGGCACAGCUCCAGCACCGUUGACUAUGGAGAUGAUGGUUACCAGUACACCAAUGCUGGCGAGCUGGUUCGCUAUGAUCUCGACCAUUCAGGCCCACCCCGGUCACGAAGACGGGAGAGCCUCGACCGCGGGUACUAUCGCCCCAAUAUUAACUAUAACGCUGAUCAGCGGACACUCAACGUUGAUACUAGCCCUGACUUGAACCGCAACUACAUAACCACCAACUCAACUAGCUCUUCCAGCAAUCGACAAUACGAAAAUCGAGGGGGACCACCCCCUAGCACCCGAGGAUUCGACAAGAUCCGCGGGUACGACGCUUCCCGAGAGGUCCUCCCAGCUUCUCCCCUUCCCCUGGACUCCAGCGUUACCAAACUGGAGUCUCCUGUUGUGGCGACUACCGAGGUGACUCGACGUCCCCGUCCAGUGUCCCUGUAUCAGGAGGGCCCGCCAAGGUCUACGCAUCAUGAUGAUUACUACCGCAGCCGCGAAGAUGAGAGGAAAAUGCGAGAGUUCCGUGACCAGAACGACUCUGAGCGCACCUACGAACCCGAGCGCACUUAUGAAGUCCCAUAUUUUCACGAUGACAGGGUCACUACUCGCGGCUUUGGUAUUCGAACUGACUCUGAUGACUUUGAUGAUCGGCGAGACCAUCGUCAAGAGCCAAAGAAGCGCUCCGAUGAGGAAUUGCCCCGCGAGUCCGAGUAUGACCGUGAUGAUCGACGCAGAAGCAAGGUCGAGUCCAAGGACGGCCGUCGGGAAAGGCGUGAGAGCAAGAGGGGAAGUGAUGAUGAUGAGAAGGAGCGUACCCGAUUCCGAGACAAGGUGGCCACUGGCUUGGGUAUUGCUGCAACUGCUGUUGGACUUGUGCCCUCCGUCAAGGAUGACGACAAGCGGGAGAAGGAAUCAAGCAGGCGCAAGGGCUCGGACGACGAGCGCGACCGUGAGCGCAAGCGUGAACGGCGGAGAAGUUCAACGACCCGCGAACGUCCGCGAGUAUCAGAGCGAAGCCGAUCGAGGCCCCGGGACUACGACCGUGACAACAAUGAGACAAGCCGCCGAAACGCUGAUCCCCGCAAGAGCGGCGAGGCAGUCAUCUCAUCCUCUGACUCUGAUGAAGCAAAGAAGCCGACAAGACGACAUCGCAGCUCGAGUGCGUUCAACCCCAAUGAUGCCUCGGAGCUGAGACAGCUCAAGGAUCAACUUGCCGCCUUGAAGACUACGGAAAAGGAGAAGGAGAAGGAGACACCAGUUGUGAUCAAGACCAGAACUCGUUCUUCCUCACCUACAAAGGAACCAAGAAGUAUUCCGGAAGCAAAGUCUUCCAAGGACCUUCGAGCUCCGCCCGAUUCCAGGCUAUCAUCUUCUCCCAAGGAGGAGACUCGCGGGCGCGAGACUCAACAGUCCCCUCCCGAAGAGAAGCAAGUUCGCGUUGUAUCACCUCCCCGCGAGAAGAAGGACGAGAAGCCGCUCAAGGGCAUCUUGAAACAGCCCAAGGUCAGCUUCCCGGAGGAGCCAAACCCCAUCCGUGAGGGUGUCGCACCUCACAAGGAAGACAAGAAGGCAAGAGAAGCACCGCCAGGCGCAAAGUGGACCAAGAUCAGCCGCAAGGUGGUCAACCCUGAAGCCUUGACUAUUGGCAAGGAGAGGUUCGAGGUCAGGGAUGACUUUGUUAUUGUCCUGCGUGUCCUUAGCAAGGAGGAAAUCCAAGCAUAUGCGUCUGCGACGCAAGUUUUGCGAGAACGACGACGCCGUGAUGAAGACGACGAAGAUCGUGAUCAUGGUGAUGAUGAGGAUAGGCGCAAGCAUCACCGCCAUCGCCGUCACAGAGAUGAUGAGGAGGACUGGGACGACAAGGACCGAGAUCGCGAACGACGUCGACGACACAGAGACGAUGAUGACUAUGAUUCCCGGUCUAGGGACCAAGAUCACCACCAUCACCACCAUCGAUCCCACCGAGACCGCGAUCCGGUCCUUGAAGCUUAA